CUUCGUGUGAAACACGCUGUUUGUCCCGCUGCAUCAGAAAUCGGGCGUGUGUGAGUUCGGAGGGGAGACAGAUUCACAAAACAGCAUCCACUGUACCAUUUUUGCAACCUGAGAUCAUGUCAGACUCGUUGACAGCAGAUGUGGGACCUACGGAGGUGGGGGUUCGCAAGUUAUCCGAGCUGAGGGUGAUCGAUCUGAAGGCCGAACUGAAGCGGCGAAACCUCGACAUAAGCGGCAAUAAAGGCCUGCUUUCAGAGAGACUCAAAAAGGCUAUUGAAGAAGAGGGGGGCAAUCCAGAUGAGAUUGUUGUACACCUUGAAAUAACUCCCAAGAAAACACCACGACGAACUCCUAAAGGAAAAAGGCAAGACAAUGAUGACCCUGAAGAUUGCACGCUUGAGGAGGACUCCGUUGAUGGCCAGGACGAUUCAGAUGCUAUUCCAGAGAACCUUCAGGAGAUGGAUAUCAUGGACAUGAAUGUUCUGGAUGAAGCCGAUAUGGGCAAUGAAGAUGGGGAUGAUGAAGAUGAACAUGAGGAGCUUCAAGACACCCAUUCGAACGAAGAAAAUGCGAGCAGCCUAAGGGAAGAUGCCGUAAAUAACCACAAUAUGGAGGAGGCCAGUGAUGCCAUCAUGAGCAGAUCUGAGGAGGAGCAAAUGGAGGCCAGCGGUGCAAAUGUGAAGGAAAAUCAGGAUGCUGCUUGUCAGGAGGAUGAUGGAGAGGAUGGGCAUGAAGAUGAUAAAGAAAGUGAGAAAGUAGCCGGGUCUUGUAUGUCAGAGCCGAUUAAGGAAGACUGCACUGAAGAGGAGAAAUCUUCAGUCUGGGAGUCUCACAAAGAGGAAGACAAUGUGCACAACCUUUCUAAUGUGGAGGACGCCAGCAAUUUGGAAGCAGAAUCAACGGCCUGUGAAGCAGACAUUGACACUGCAAAGCAAAACGAAGUUCAGUCCACAAGCAAAGACCAAGCAAAUGAUCAGGACAAUUUGGUGAACACUGAGAGCACUUCUGCUCAGGCCACAAAUGAUAAUGAAACUGUUUUGUGCGAAAUCGAAAGCGCAGUUGAUUCUGAAAGAGCGUCAAAAGAAGAUGGGGUUGAGGAAAGCAAGAAGACUGAAUCUGCUGAAUCUUCAGAAGGCAAAGAGUCCUCUGUUCAGGGUGAUGAUCAGACAAAGAGUGGUGACGAGGACAAAUCAAGCAAGCCUGAGUCGAAAGAUGAUAAAGGUAGCGCUGGCGCAAGCGGAAGAAACCUUUGGGUCAGUGGACUUUCUUCAAACACCAGAGCGACUGAUCUGAAGAAUCUGUUCAGCAAAUAUGGCAAGGUUGUUGGUGCUAAAGUAGUAACUAACGCCCGAAGCCCAGGAGCUCGCUGUUAUGGAUUUGUCACUAUGUGUUCUACUGAGGAGGCCACCAAGUGCAUCAGCCAUCUGCACAGAACCGAAUUGCAUGGCAGAAUGAUUUCAGUUGAAAGAGCCAAGAAUGAGCCAGCUGGAAAGAAGCCUACUGACAAAAGUGAUUGCAAAAAUGCUGGUACUGACAGAAGACUCUCCUCUGACUCUAAGACUGAGAAAGCCGAGAACAAUGAUGAGAAGACUGAAAGCUCUGAUGGCAAAGAGCCUGGUGGAGAAAGGACUGUUGUGAUGGACAAAUCAAAAGGAGAGCCAGUUAUUAGCGUGAAAACAAAAAGCAAAGAGAGGAGCACCAAGAGUCGUGACCGCAAGUCCUCCAGCAAGGACAGGAAGGACAUUUUGUCCUUCGAUCAGAUAAAAGAGCAGAGAGAGAGGGAGCGUCAGAGGCAGAGAGAACGAGAGAUCAGAGAGGUGGAGAGACGCAAGCACUCUGGUGACCGCGACAGCCGUUUGGAGCGUGAACGUAUCCGUCUCUUCCGGGAGCGGGAGGAGAAAGAGAGGCUCAUGAAGAGGCGCAACUGGCUAGAGCUGGAGAAGCAGAAACUGGAUGCCGACCGCAUGGAGCGCGAGCUCCUGGAACGUGAGCGCAUCCGUGUAGAGUACGAGCGUCGCCGCGAACAGGAGCGAAUUCAUCGCGAGAGAGUGGAGCUGCGGCGGCAGCAGGAGCAACUGCGCUUUGAACAGGACCGACGUCCUCUCAAGAGGCCUUAUGACAUGGAUGGCAGAAAAGACGAUUGGCAAAUGAAGAGAAUGAACAUGGACGAUCGUUGUGGAAGGUCUGAUUUUGGACGGCAAGACCGCUACCAAGACUUUGAUCACAGAGAUCGCAGCCGCUAUCAGGAUGACAUGAUGAUUGACAGGAGAGGUGGAUUGCUAGGGGACAGAGACAAUCAGCACUUCUCUGAUCGGGACAGGCACAGCAGAGACAAUCGUGAUAACUGGGGUGGCAGCUAUGACAAACGUGGAAUGAAUCCUACAAGGCCAGUGCCUGGAAGUCGCGACAACAGAGACUGGGAACCUGGACGUAAAAUGGACGGGGACAGAAACUGGCAAGGACCAGACCGAGGUGUCCCAGGACAGGGUCACAUAGCACGAGGUGGAAUGGCAAGCCGGGGUGGGUACAUACCAACAGGGACAUCCCAGUCUCUCUCUGGAGCCUUAAACCGACCAAACCAGAUUAUACCUGGCAGCGGGAUGCAGGGGGGCGGAGCCUUUGGUCGACGCUACUAAAAAAAAAAAUAACAUCCCUUGUGUCUGUUGUUUGCUUAAUUAUGAAAACUGCAGCUUGUACAUUGCCGAUCGAGCUAUGUAAUUUUAUUUUUUAAGUCCUGUUUUCUUUUAAUUGUGUGGAGACAGAAAACUGGUUACACUAUGUAAAGAUUGUGUUUGAGAUUUGAUUUAGAUUUCCCCAGAAUUCCAUUCCACAUCUUGAUAGAUUUUAGUCAUUUUUCUGCUUCGUUUUACACAUGGUGAACGCUCAAGAAUAUUUAGCUAAAAUUAAUCUGGUCGUUGAAACCACGAAAUUGUUGAUGUUCACUUGUUGUUGAUGUGUUACAAUAAAAUUGUGGCAUUUUCUUUAAAGUAGAAUUCUGUUUGAAAUUACUCAAUAUGAAGGAUUACUCAUUUUCCAU